AUUACAUUUCAGAAAAAUAAAAAAAAAAAUUUCCACCGACGGCCUCAUCUCCUUCCCCUUCUCCUUCCUUUUCCCAGAUCUCAUAAUAAGCUUUUAUAAAAUUACCUUCACUCGCACAAAAAACUUCCAUACUUACAAGCUCGUAAAGUAAUCCCAACAACAGUAGCUAAACACACACAGUUUAAAAAAAAUGAAGUACAGAGAAUCAAGAAAAAAACGACGCGUCGUUCCCACACUACUCGUAGCGUGUGCAGCUUUCACUGUUGUCGGAUUAUUGAUACUCUCCUUGAGAUCUGUUGAUCCUCCGCCGGCCAUCGAUUUCCCCACGAACAGUGUCGAUUCAGAUUCAGCUUCAGCUUCGAACACUACCGACCCGAGCAUUGGGAACGGCAGCGAGAAGAACAAAAGUGGCGAGGAAUCCAAGAAAUCGUGUGCUUCGGUGGAGGAGAUGGGCAAGCCUUUCAGGAGAGGAGCUUGGAAGGAGAGUCUCAGAGUUAGGCGAAUCAUUCAACAUCACUUUGACAUUAACGGUGCUUCAAGAGUACGCAAUCUUCCUGCAGAACAGUUCUGUGGACGUGGUUUUGUGUUGGGGAAAGCAUCGGAAGCAGGUUUUGGCAACGAGAUGUACAAGCUCUUAAAUGCUGCUGCUUUGAGCAUAAUGCUGAACCGGUCGCUGAUAAUUGGGCAAACCAGGCAUAUUGGUUCUUUCUUAGGCCUUUCUGUUUUGUUUCCACAUCGGCAUAAUCAGGGCAAAUAUCCUUUUGGAGAUCACAUUUCUUAUUCUGGUCAUUCCUUUACAAUGAGAGAACUAAAGCAUCUUUGGAGGCAAAAUAAUUGUGUGAACAAGUCUGGAAGGCAUCUGGUAAUUAGGGUGGAUGAGUUUGAGAGACCAAAAGAAACAGAUGUCCUAUGUAGCAAUUGGAAGAAAUGGAAGCAACCUAUCAUAUGGUUCCAAAACACAACAGAUGCUGUGGCCAGUCAGUUUUUCUUGAAGAAUGUACACCCAGAGAUGAGGAAUGCUGCUUUUGAUUUAUUUGGCAAGCCAGAUUCUCUCCAUACUCGGCCUAAUGUUUUUGGGGAGCUGAUGAAAGUUCUUAUAUCCCCUUCAAAGGAUGUUGAGGAGGCAGUCAAUUGGGUUCUUAGUGGUGGGAGGGAUCCUGAUAUUUCGUUGCACAUGCGGAUGCUUAUGAAUAGGUCUGUGAGAGCUCUACAGGCAGCAUUGAGUUGUGUCAGAAAAGCCAUGAAGACAUUACCGAAUGGGUCAAAACCGAGGGUGGUUUUAGUAUCAGAUACUCCCACUCUUGUAAACACUCUUGCUCAGAAUAUAAGUGAAUUUGCAGAGGUUCUUCGAUUUGAUUACAAACAUUACAGAGGAGAUAUUGCUCAAAAUAAUAAAUUGCGUAGUUUAGAUUUCCGAGUGAAGGAUUGGGGACCUGCACCUAGAUGGGUUGCAUUUGUGGACUUCUUCCUUGCAUCACGCGCAAAACAUGCUGUUGUAUCUGGGGCUCAUAAGCGUGUUGGGACUACUUAUGCCCAGUUAAUUGCAGCACUGGCUGCAGCAAACCAUCUUGGAGAAGAUUCUGCGCGUUCAAGUUUUUCAUUCUUGAGCAGCUUCCAGAGUAAUCUGUUGACAGAUGGUUUAAGGUUGCAGGUUGGAUGGGGACAUGUAUGGAACAGAUUUGCUGGUCCAUUAAGUUGCCACAACCAGCCUAAUCAAUGUGCUUUCACGCCGCUUCUCCCUCCAGCUUGGUGGGAUGAUCUGUGGCAAUCUCCCAUUCCUCGCGAUCUUCGUAGGCUUGCGACAUAUGGCAUUUUUCUAUCUGAUUUUGGCACAAUUGAUGAAGUUGAACUUCAGUCUUUCUGUAGCUCAAAGAAAAAGAAGGUGAAAACUGUCCUAAUCAUCUAAUUGAUGAAGAUGAACUACACGGUAGUGAGAUUCACACAUUUUGAUGCUUCAUUUUUUUGUUACUAUUGUAACCACACUUAUCAUUCGGAGUACUAAUUGAUGCCUACAAGCUACAGUUUCGUCAGUUAUAAGUUCUUCAUUGGUUCAGCUCCAAGGGAUUUGCUUGUCGCAGCUCAUUUAAUCCGAGAAUAGAAAUGCAGCCACGUGUCUUCUCAUUUAUUGUGUUUAUUGCCAUGUUUUACUGAUGAGAUAGAAAUGAUUUUAUUUUUUUUUGUAAAAUGAUAAAACAAAAAUGGAGGCCGA